AUGGCACCCUUAGAGGACGUUCACCCCUCAACCCAAGCGCUUCACGCCGAUGAUCGCCUGAACUUGGUCACCGACGUUGCACCGCCCAUCCAUUUAUCCACCAUUUUCAGAUACCCGGAAGAUCCCAACGAGCUAACCGUCUCCGAAGAUCCGGUGGCCGAAUUCGACGGAAAGAACUACGUCUAUUCCCGUGAAUUCGCACCAAAUCAGACCCGCUUUGAGGCCGUCCUCUCGUCACUUACGAAGGGCAAUGCAGUCAGCUAUGCAACGGGUCUAGCGGCACUACACGCCGCACUGACACUCCUCAACCCACGCCGCAUCUCAGUUGGUGAAGGCUACCACGGCAGUCAUGAGGUCAUUUCAGUCGUGUCCCGGUUAUCCGGUCUCCAGAAACUCGGUCUUGAUUGUCCAGCUGAAGACCUGAAUGAAGGAGACGUGAUUCUCCUCGAAACGCCCAUUAACCCGCUCGGAACGGCAUUCAGCAUCGAAGAAUAUGCCAAGAAGGCACACUCGCGGGGUGCGUACUUGAUUGUGGAUAGUACUUUCGCACCGCCCGGUCUGCAGGAUCCAUUCUUGUGGGGUGCGGAUAUAAUCAUGCACUCGGGAUCAAAGUAUUUUGGCGGUCAUAGCGAUCUCCUUUGCGGUGUGCUUGUUACCAAGCGGGCAGACUGGACGAAACAGCUAUUCGAGGACCGACUUGCUUUGGGAAAUGUGCUCGGAAAUAUGGAGAGCUGGCUUGGAGUUCGGAGUCUGCGGACUCUCGAGGUUCGGGUUCAGCGCGCGAGCCAGAAUUCCGCAAAGCUUAUUUCGUGGCUUGAUGCUGCUUUGAAUGCUCCAUCUCCUACAGCGGGUUCGGAAGCGGCGAUCGUGCAGGCUGUGUUGCAGAAGAUGUAUCAUGCCAGUCUUCAAAAGGAGUCUUGGUUGGAGAAGCAAAUGCCCAAUGGCUUUGGGCCCGUUUUCUCAAUUGUUUUGCACAAGGAGGAAUAUGCCAAGCACUUACCGAGUAAGCUGCACUACUUCCAGCAUGCAACGAGUCUCGGUGGUGUGGAGUCUUUGAUUGAGUGGCGGGCGCUGUCUGAUCCCAGGGUGGAUCGGAAGCUGCUGCGGAUCAGUAUAGGAUUGGAAAGCUGGGGAGAUUUGAAAGAAGAUUUGUUCCAGGCAUUCAAAUCACUGUGUAAUUAA